AUGGCAAUCAACACAGACACUGAAUUCGAGAAAUCUAACCUGGGAAAGAGCGGCGGCGCGCCCGCCAACGAGCCUCAGGAGACUGAGAAACUUCUCAACCUCGUAACUACGGAGCCUGCUGGCGGCAACAGUAUGAAAAUGUCCUCCUCCUUUACCAUCAACGUGGGGAGCGAAAAUAACCUGGAUGCGGACCAGAACGGUCACAGUGUACCCUUUAGGUCGGGCUCUGCGGGGCACCUGACCGCUGCCCCCCCCUCCCCGUCCCGGGUCAGUUUGAGUCGCAGUCGCACCUCUUCCAUCGGGAACGCCGCGGUCCAAGAGGCGCAAAAGCCCAAAGACUAUCUCAUACUGGUCAUAUUGUCCUGUUUCUGCCCUUUCUGGCCCGUCAGCAUUGUUGCUUUGGCAUAUUCAAUUAUGUCCAGAAACAGCCUGCAGUCGGGAGACAUGGACGGAGCUAAGAGACUGGGUAAACUGGCUCGCCUCCUCAGUGUUGUUUCCAUAAUCCUGGGUAUACUCACCAUAGUCGUCUGUGUAACGGUCUCUGUAACCAAGUGACCAGUGUAUAGACCAUGAAACAAGAGCACUGCUGCAAGCCAAGCAGAGGAUGCUGCAUGGGGGGAA